CAAAGCGAAAGCAACCACCGACCUAGGAAUACCAGCCCGCACGACCGUCCACCCCUAAGUCCUCUAACAAUCUGUGGUGGUUAUUUUCUUCAAGAAAUGUGAAAAGCUGCAAAUUCCAUUUUAACCUCUUAGAAUUGAACAGCACACCACUUACUGUAUACUAAACAGUUGGCAACUGGGCCACCUUUUGCUAAACAUCUAUUGGUGUUGUAAUUUUUUAUUACCCUUUUGUAUUGUUUUGUUCCAAUUUGUAGUUAUUGGUGGAAAGGGCUAAACCAAAUCUAGAAUUACCAUUUCCACCAUUAAUGGCCCUUUCAAUCUUAUCAGAAAAUAUGUGCUGUGGAUAUACUUGUGAUAUAUAUAUUUUUUAAUUUCUUUUUUUCUCUCUUUUUCUUCAACCACCCGCUAAUUUUAGCGGAGGUUUCGAUUUCAUCUUGAUUAAAAAUUUUGGUUCCGUUUAUCAUCAAAAUUUCUUCUUUUGUUCGUGUAAAUUAAUAGUUAUGACAUUGGCUGAGGCGUUCUUGGAGAUUUUAGAAAGGCCCACGAUGGGGGCAAUUAUAAUAGGGAUGAUACAGAUUUUGGGUCCUGUCUGGAUUGCUUUUCUUCUGGGGAUAAUGGUAGGAUGGGCCUGGAAACCAGGAUGGGCUAGUUUGAGGAAACGUAAAUUUGAUUUUUCAGCACCUUCUUCUCCCUCUGCCUUGAUCCCUUCCCCCGUCCAGGGUUCUGUUUCGACCCAAAUCUUGGAUUCUUUGGUAUUGGAUAAUAGAUUAGAGAACAACCGCGUUGAAUUGCUUGGAGAAGAUAACGUUGUUUCGAGUUCUUCAAAGGUAAGAAAAGAGGAGAACUUGGUUGUUAUGGACGAGGAUCUGGUACAUUUAUGUCGUCUUGUUGAGAGGAAAGACGGAGGCCCCCCUUGGAAGCAUAUGAUGGAUCGUUCAACCCACAAUAUGAGUUACCAAGCAUGGCAGAGAGAUCCUGAGAAUGGUCCUCCGCAGUAUUGUAGCAGAACUGUGUAUGAGGAUGCAUCACCUGAACUGUUGAGGGACUUCUUUUGGGAUGAUGAGUUUCGGAUGAAGUGGGAUGAUAUGCUUAUCCAUGCGUCAAUUAUAGAAGAAUGCCCCACCACUGGAAUGAUGAUUGUUCAUUGGAUACGGAAGUUCCCUUUUUUCUGCAGCAACAGAGAAUACAUAAUAGGCCGUCGAAUAUGGGAGUCUGGAAGAACGUAUUAUUGUGUGACAAAGGGUGUUCCCUGCUCUUCUGUUCCAAGGAAAGACAAACCAAGACGUGUUGAUCUGUAUUACUCUAGUUGGUACAUUCAAGCAGUGGAAUCAAGGAAAAGAGACGGUGAACUAUCUGCAUGUGAGGUGAUGCUCUUCCAUCAUGAAGAUAUGGGCAUCCCAUGGGAAAUCGCAAGAUUUGGGGUACGACAGGGCAUGUGGGGAACUGUUAGGAAUAUUGAUCGUGGUUUUCGGGCUUACCAGAAGGCGAGGGCUUCAGGAGCGCCCCUAUCUCAUCCUGCAUUCAUGGCUCAAAUCAACACGAAAAUUGAUUCCGACUACCUGAAGAUUUUGGAAGGUGAAGAAGAAUCAUCGGAGACACAAAUCCUAGACUCACCUGGCAAAACAAAGGGUGGUGUAAACAUACCGAAGCUUCUGAUAAUUGGCGGUGCAAUUGUAAUUGGUUGUAGUCUCGACCGAGGACUCUUGACCAAGCCCCUUAUAUUUGGUUUGGCAAGAACGUUCGGGAACAUAGGAAGAAGAGCUUGUCCAAGGAGUAACUGAGGAUAUAUUUGUAAACCUGGUUAGUAAGAUCGUUGUCUUAAUUCAAAAGUCUUCCUUCACCGGUCCAUCUAGGUCUUCUUUACUUUUGUCUGUAAAACUUUUCGUUUUGGCUGUAAUAAUAGAUCAAUAUACCUUCAUUUUCCUUCCUAUAAAAUUCAAUUACAGUGAUAAA